AUGCUGGGUUCUGCAGUGUAGUUGAUUUUGGUAUUCUGGAAACCCAUCUGUAGCAGAAAGCAGAGAGCAAUGCUUCCGGUUGGCUUUUGUGUUGGAAAAGCGUUGCUAUUUGUCAGGUUGUUAACAGGGCAUUACAGAGAUGCUCAGAUGUCCAUUACAAACAGCUGUGUUGUGUACCAAGUCAACAACAAUAGGAGCAACAAUCUGACCUUUAUUGACCUCCCUGGUCACGCUGGGCCCUUGCCUCAAUUCUUAGAGUAGUUUAAAACUUCAGCCAGGAUUGUUGUGUUUGUCAUGGGUGGUGCAACAUACCAAUGAGAGGUAAAGGAUGUGGUUCAGUUUCUGCAUCAAGCUCUCAUUGACAGCCUGAAUCUGAAGAACACACCCUCAUUCUUAAUACCUUGCAACAGGCAAGGCAAUGCAAUGGCAAAACCAGCAAAGAUAACACUACAAGAGCUUGAAAAACAACUCAACACCUUUAGGGUUACCUGUUCUGCUGCCCCCAGCACACUGGACAGUUCCAGCCUGGCCCCAAUCAACUGGGGAAGAAAGGCAAAGAAUUUUGAAUUCUCACAAUUGCCUCUCAAAGUGGAGUUUCUGGAGUAUAGUGUCAAGGUGGGCGAGGGGACACCAGCUUGGUGA